AUGGCUGAGAAUCAACCUACCAAGUAUCGCGGCAACUGUCAUUGUACCGCGUACGUGUUUGAAGUUGACCUUCCAGAGAAUAUCGAAAAUGGUCUGCAGUGUAGUUGCAGCUACUGUUGCAAAAGAGGCGCCGUUUUCCUGGCCCCGAAAAAUAACAACGACAUCAAGUUCGUAAAGGGCGAUCCGACCGCGCUAUCGAACUACAACUUCGGAGGCGUCAAGCAUCAGUUUUGCUCAACCUGCUGUACUUUUCUGUUCCGUGUUGACACCAAGAAAUACGUAAAUUUGCGGGCACUCCAAAAAAUCAAAGCAUGGGAUCUAGGCACGCAACCGCUCGAUGACAAGGCUACACCCCCAGCAUGGAGCCCUCCCAAGUUCGACGGCCAGGAGCCCCCAGCCGAAAUCGAGGGCGCAAAAAUAUACACGGGAGGUUGCCACUGCGGAGCCGUCACUCUAGCUCUGAAGUCAAAGCCGAUUGAUAGCACAUACGAGGGACUUAUAAUGGAAUGCGACUGCAGCAUAUGCACUCGAAACGCAUACUGCUGGAUCUAUCCCAACAAACCACAAGUCACCAUCGUAGGAGCUACAGGAAUGGGAUACUACUCGUUCGGCGGCGGCGUGUGGCGCAAGUCGUUCUGCCGGACCUGCGGGGUGCCGGUGCAUAACCGCAUCGAGGACUACACGCCGGCGCAGAUCGAGGAGCUGCCUGUCGAGCAGCAGCAAUGGGCCCGGGAUCAUCUGGAUUGGUCACCGGUCAACCUACGGGUUAUGGACGGUAUCGAUUUGGGCGAGCUGAAGAUUAAGCGUAUUGAUGGAUCGACAAGGUCUGGGCCGCCGAAGCCUGGUAGUUACGUGGACCCCUGAGCGUAAUUGGAGUAUGUUUCGAUAGGCGUUGGAUACAGUGGUGUGGAAGGGGUGGCGUAUGGCUGCGGUAGGCCUGAUAAGGAAAGGUGGUGAGGAGUUUAACGAGAGGAUCUUUAGGCCGUAGACCUAGAUGGGGUAUCAGGAAGUUAAUAGUCUUGGUCAUAAACUCGACUUGGUGUUGUCUAACACAGUGAGUUGUCCAUAAUAAUAUAAGUUUUGGUCUUUGAGUAAAUAAGACAGCCCGAAGAUAGCCUUGUAGGAUCGUCUUGUUGACUCAAUUCGAAAACUCAUAUCGUAUCUGCUAUUUUGAUUCAGCGUGAACAAAGUUGUAGGUAUGUAUGUUAUAGAUCUGCUGUUCAA